AUGAAUUCACUUGGCUCCCUAAACUCUCCUCCCAACUUCACAAUGUUCGAGUGCCUUCCUGAUGCCAUAGUGCGCGAAAUACUUCUUCGCUUACCUCUCAAAAGCAUUGGAAAAUGCAUGUCAGUGUGCAAAUCAUUGAAUACAAUGAUAAAGAGUCCCACAUUCAUAUCCUCACACCUCAAACAUUCUCUCUUAAACCCCUCCCUUCCUCUCUUCCUUCUCCGCGAUUUUUACCCUUCAUAUCCCUCUUAUAAGCAGAACUAUUCUUUAUGGUCCUCUUCUUUUCCCAAAAUAGCAAAUCUCGAAUGCUCAUUUUGGGUUCCCGAUAGUAAAUUCCUCGGCUUUGUUGGUGCCCUCAACGGUAUUGUUUGUCUCUUUGAUUAUGACACAGAUGAUAUCAUUCUCUUGAACCCUUCGAUACGAAGACACCUCCAACUCCCAAAGUCAAUUGUGCCGGAGUCAUUUCUCUUGCAUCCUGGUUGUUACGUUCUCGGGUUUGGGUUUGAUUCUAAAAAGAAUGAUUUCAAGGUCGUGCGGAUAUAUCAUCCUACAUCUGUCUUCAUGAUUCCUCCAAAGGUUGAGUUGUAUUCCCUCAACGAGGGUCACCCUUGGAGGGUCAUUGAUGCGUCAUACAUUGACUUAAGCAUAGAUUAUUGCUCUCAACAGGUAUUUUUCCACGGAAAUGUGUAUUGGCUUGCCUCCCAAGGAACCCAAAGUGCUCCUUUUCAAAGUAAUUACAUAUUGAUGUUCGAUAUGGUGGAGGAGAAGUUCAAUAGGAUGGAGCUUCCAAAUGAGUUGGUUACUGUGUCUAUUAGGAACUUGGUUGUUACUAUGAUUGAGGGUUGCCUUUCGCUUAUAGAGAACCCCUCGCUUGAAAAGACUAACUGCUGCAUAUGGAUGAGAAAAGAAGAGUCAUGGACUAAGAUGUAUAAUAUUUAUUUAGAGGAAGGGUUUCAAAAGCUAUUGGGACCGAGUCCUACAAGUGAGGUUUUAGCACUUCCAUGCCCAUAUGGAGAAACAGUUAUGUCCUUGCAUUCAUUUGAUCUCAAGAGCAAAGAGAUGAGGGACCUUGGGAUCAGUCGUGCAAGAAAAAGCUUAUAUGCUAGUUAUUUCAGAGAAAGCUUGGUUUUGCUUGACCAAGAAAGCAAUACUGCGACUUCAUUUUGGAGCCAAGAUGAUGAAUCUCCGGAAGUUGAAAGAUGGUGGACAUAG